AUGGAAAUCACACCUGAAAACCAAAAUGACAUUACUUGGGAAAAGAACAGACGCUAUGGUGUAAUUAUUGAUGCAGGUUCAUCUGGAUCGAGAAUCUAUAUAUACUCCUGGAAAGAUCACGAACACAUCAAAUCGACUGUUGACCUCAAUGAACUCAAAGGAAAGAUGCCAAUUGUAGAGCGGGGAGAUCAACAUGGUCUCAAAUGGACUCGCAGAGAAGAGCCAGGUAUCUCAACCUAUGGCAGUAAACCCACCGAGAUCAAAGAACAUCUUGGAUCAUUACUUAGUUUUGCGACCGAAGUCGUCCCAGAAGAAAUGCGACCAAGCACUCCCAUAUUUGUCAUGGCAACAGCUGGUAUGCGUUUAUUACCCGAGAGUGAGCAAGAGGCUGUGCUUGGCGCAACUUGUGGCUUUAUCCGUGAAUCCAAUACAUUUUUUAUGAGCGAUUGUGACUCCCACAUCCAAAUUAUCCCGGGAGAACUAGAAGGAGUUUAUGGUUGGAUGGCUGUAAACUAUCUGAUGGGCGGAUUCGAUGCUAGUUUUCAGGACCCUCUUAUUAAGCAAUCCAAAAAAGAGCAGCACCAUACUUUUGGAUUUUUGGACAUGGGGGGUGCUAGUGCACAAAUUGCAUUUGAGCCAGAGCACCAUCAAAAAGAAGAACAUAUGGAUGAUCUCACCCAGAUUUUUCUGAGGACUCUUGACGGCACAGAGAUGGAGUACGAUGUAUUUGUAACCACUUUUUUAGGCUAUGGCAGUAAUGAAGCUCGUCGAAGAUACUUGGAAGAACGUGUCAAAUCUGCAUACGAGGCAGCAGAUGGAAAGAAUCUACUAGACGAACACCACGCACUUCACAUUGAAGAUCCCUGUCUACCACUCAAUCUCAACGUGUCUGACUCUCACUCUACCAGUGUAUCUCUGAGCUUACACGGUACAGGCUCAUUUGACAAGUGUAUGGAGUACACUAUGCCACUGCUCAACAAGGACGCCGCAUGUCCCACAAAACCUUGUCUGUUCAAUGGUGUACACACUCCUCAUAUCGACUGGUCUGUAAACAAAUUUGUUGGAAUAUCAGAAUAUUGGUACUCGUCCCAUGAUAUUCUUGGACUUGGAGGAGUUUAUGAUUUCGUUGAGUACGAGAAAAAAGCUACGGACUAUUGUGCAAGAGACUGGAGUGAGUUUACAAAGGAACACAAGGAGAUCGAUAUUCUUGAAUUACAUCGCUAUGAAUUACAAUGCUUCAAAUCUGCUUGGAUCGUUAAUGUACUCCAUGACGGCAUCGAGAUCCCUCGCAUUGUGGAUCCCGGAGGACACGGACCGGGUACCGACAAGGCGCUUCUAGAACAAUCAAUCGAGAGCGUUUCUGCUAAGAACUGGAACCCACCUUUCCAAAGUAUUGAUACGAUUAAUGAUAUCCAGGUCUCCUGGACUCUUGGUGCUAUGCUUCUCCACGUCGCCAACCAGAUC